AUGCAGUCUCGAGGUAAUUGUAAGCCUGGUAUUGUCAUAUACAACACAAUUAUUGAUAGUCUUUGUAAGGACAGGUUAUUACAACAAGCUAUCAAUCUGUUCUCCGCAAUGAAAAUCGAGGGCAUUCAACCCGAUGUUGUCACUUAUACCUCCUUGGUUCGAGGCUUCUACAAUUCUGGAUUCAGGGAAGAGGCUAAGGACGGGCUUGUUGUGGAAGCGGAAGCAAUUUUAAGACACAUGACUGACAAAGGUGUAGCUCCUGACAUCACAGUGCUUUACUUGAUGGUUAUUAAAGGUAUAACACCAGAUGUUGUUACCUAUAACACUCUUAUUGAUGGCUUGUGUAAGACCAAUAGACUUACACUUGCACGCGAGUUGUUUACAGAUAUGCAAGCUCAUGGAGUUACUCCUGAUGUUUUCACAUAUAAUUCAUUGCUUGAUUGCCUGUGCAAAAGUGCACAACUUGAUGAGGCAGUGGCAUUACUUGAAGAUAUGGAGGAUACAGGUAUUAAGCCUGAUAUUGUCACUUACAAUAUCCUUAUAGACAGCUUGUGUAAGGCCGGGCAGCUUGAAGAUGCAGCAAAUUUCUUCUCUAAUCUUGUGAUAAAGGGUUUGCAGCCUAGUUUUAGAACAUACAAUAUAUUGGUAAAAGGUUUCUGUAAGAAAGGGCUCAUGAAUGAAGCUACUCAAUUAUUGAGUAAAAUGGCAAAAGAUGAUUGUUUUCCCAAUGGUAUUACCUAUAAUAUAAUUAUCGGAGGAUAUAUUCUCAGUAAUGACUUCACAAAGGCUUUGUACUAUCGUGAUCUAAUGGUAAGCAAGGGGUUUGAAGCUGAUGCAGACACUUUCGCAUUAUUUGUUGAUCUGUUGUCUUCUGAAAACUUGAGUGACUCGUCCAAGGGAUUGCUUCAGAAGUUUAUCAAAUGA